UGCGUUUCUGACAAACCCGAAAGUCAUUUCCAAUUUCAAGUGGACUUUGUUCCAACUAUUGGGGGCGUUCGCUUCCCCUCUUCAUGUUUGCCUGCAAACUUCCUCCUCCAACCCAGGACUAAUGGAUCACCACCUGCUUGGAUUUCUCUUCUCCUUCCUGUUCAGUGGCACCAAGGUCUUAGCCGGUUACCCAAUUUGGUGGUCCCUGGCCCUGGGGCAGCAGUAUACAUCAUUGGGGUCCCAGCCUCUGCUCUGUGGCUCCAUUCCUGGCCUGGUUCCCAAGCAGCUUCGCUUCUGCCGCAACUACAUUGAGAUCAUGCCCAGUGUGGCAGAGGGAGUGAAGCUGGGUAUCCAGGAAUGCCAGCAUCAGUUCCGGGGCCGACGUUGGAACUGUACCACCAUUGAUGACAGCCUGGCCAUCUUUGGGCCUGUGCUUGACAAAGCUACUAGGGAAUCGGCUUUUGUGCACGCUAUCGCCUCUGCUGGUGUGGCUUUCGCAGUCACCCGAUCUUGUGCUGAGGGUACCUCUACAAUCUGCGGCUGUGACUCCCAUCACAAGGGGCCUCCUGGGGAUGGCUGGAAGUGGGGUGGCUGCAGCGAAGAUGCUGACUUUGGAGUGCUAGUCUCCAGGGAGUUUGCUGAUGCCAGGGAGAACCGUCCAGAUGCCCGCUCUGCCAUGAACAAACAUAACAAUGAGGCCGGCAGGACGACUAUCCUGGACCACAUGCACCUCAAAUGUAAGUGCCAUGGACUCUCAGGGAGCUGCGAAGUGAAGACCUGUUGGUGGGCCCAGCCCGACUUCCGGGCCAUUGGUGACUUCCUCAAAGACAAGUAUGACAGUGCCUCUGAGAUGGUGGUAGAGAAACACCGAGAGUCAAGGGGAUGGGUGGAGACCCUUCGGGCCAAGUAUGCACUCUUCAAACCACCUACUGAACGGGACCUAGUCUAUUAUGAGAACUCUCCCAAUUUCUGUGAACCCAAUCCUGAGACAGGGUCCUUUGGAACCAGGGAUCGGACUUGUAAUGUCACCUCCCAUGGGAUCGAUGGCUGUGACCUGCUGUGCUGUGGCCGAGGCCACAACACACGGACAGAGAAGCGAAAGGAGAAAUGUCAUUGCAUCUUUCAUUGGUGUUGCUAUGUCAGCUGCCAAGAGUGUAUCCGUAUCUAUGAUGUCCAUACCUGCAAGUAAAGACCAGAGGGCUCUGGGAGCAGGUGAAGCAUGUGUCUGGGAGGACUGACCACAGUCCCAUGGGAAGCCAGGAUCUACAGCCAAGACCCAUGCUCACAGCAUCGGAGAGCAUUGAACAAAACAGACUAAUGCCAGAUGCAUGUGUGGUAAAUUACCUGGACCUAACCCACCCAAUGACUGGGACUUUUUCCUCCUUCCUUUUCCUCAAGAUUUUCACCCUACUCUGGAUGCUUUGUGGUUUUUUGUUUUUGUUUUGUUUUUAAGAAGAGGCUCUCUCUUUGGUUCUCUAGGGUUUGACAGGCACAGACCCCAGAGCUAAUCUUUGCACAUGUUAAGAGAAAAUAAAAAUUAAAAAAAAAUGUCAACUCCAGCAGGACAGGUUGGGCUGAUCUGAGCUCUCUGCCGGAUAACAGCAAUCACUGUUUUCAAACUGUUCCUUACGAUGGGAUUCCUCAGUCUGCAAGGUGGGAAUUAUGAGGCAGGACAGCCCCCUGUGGCAUCCUCUUCCCUAACUGCUCCCAUCCAAAUGUGACAUCCCUUUACACGCUGGUGAAAAGCCAUAGUUUUAGUGAGGAUAAAGUGGUAGGCUGGGCCAAGGCUGUUCUGCAAGAGGCUUUUGAACUUUAAGCACCUGUUAAGUUGGCCAAACGGCAGCCGUUCAUUGUCUCAUUUUUUCCAGGAGGCUGUUCUGCCUAAGAAGUAUUUAUGAACAAUAGAUGCAAAACCCAAAGUCUCUUUGUAAAGAGGGUUCACCUGAAAAUGCAGUCAAGUGAUUUUUUUUGUGAACCGGCAACCUGGGUAAGGCUUGUUCACCAGCUCUAAUGGAGUCUUACAGAAAUCUUUAUGAGGCCAUCCAUCCGUGGUCUUUUUUUCCCCUUUAGUUGUAGGAAUGAGAAGUAUUCUUGUUUCCUUUGAAAUAAGGACAAUUCCCCCACCCCAUACUCAACAACUGUCCAUAUCUUUCUUUGACCUAUAUAAGGAAAAAUGCAAUCCAAUGAAAAGCUCAUCAGUACUUCUUUUCUUCCCCUUAUUGGUACUCAGAGGUAGCACUCUGAACAUUUACUUAUAAUCCAUUGACAUAUUUGACAUAAUCCAUUAAUGACAGGCAGGAUUGAUCUUCUUGGUCCACAAAUUAUCGGGAUGCACUUAGUAGGACCAACUACCCAGCCUUGGGACAAUUUUACAUCUUCUGUAGAUGGCUAUUAAAAUCCAGGCAGAUGAUUUUUUUUUUGGGGGGGAGACUUUUAUAAAAAUACAUGGAAAGAGGAUUCAGGGAAGAAAGUUAUUUUCUAUUUGAGCUAUGAUGUUCUUGGACCAGGGGUCAGGAGAGAGAAUUAGUAGCACUCUCCUUGCUGUCUAAGAUGCUCUACACGAUUACCUAGAAGCCUAGCAUGCAUACUUUAAGCUGCAAAAAGUACAUUUCCUCCUCCCCUUCCCCUUCCCCACCUGCCCUAUAAAGGAGCCUGAAUGCUCUGUCCACCUCACCUUAGACUGCCAAGUGUUAAACCAAGGCGACUUGGUGAUGCUUGCUAUAACUGAUACAUAUUUUAAAAGCAGCCUUUUCAUACCUAUGUAUUCUAUAUUAAAAGUGGUAAAAAGUCAUGUUUCCGGGGAGUAUUCCAGUAGCUGACUUAAUUAUUUAAUAAUAGUACAUUGAUUACAUUGUAAUUAUUCUUGCUGUAGUCAGGUAUUAGUAACCGAUGGAAAUUUCCUACAAACCUGCUGUAUCCAAAGUUUUGUAAAAAGUUGUAGAGGUUGUUGAUCUUUUUGAUUUUAUAUUCAAAAGAAUUCUCUUUUUAUAAAUAUUAUUUAUUAUACAAUGUAUAUACCUUU